AUGGAAGAUGAGCUGGAGACGUGGUUGAGGCCGUUGAAUGCGUUUGUGGAGUAUGCGUCUGAGACAGAGGAGAUUUUGAAGCGGCGAGAAAGCAAGGCGCGCGAGGCCGAGCAGGAUCAGUGGCUUGCAUCGCACUUCAUCAACCUGCGUCAAGCCGCAGAAGCCAAUGCUGAAAUUUGCCGGAAGAUAGCCCAGAUCGGCGUCGAGAUGCUCGAUGAAGAAUCCAUCAAGGUGCUGGGUGAUGAGGAGUUCAAGGCGACGCCAUUAGAUGCUGAGAAAGUCCGAUCAACGCUUCGCCAGUUCGCACGGGAGUGGUCGUCGGACGGAAGAUCAGAGCGUGCUGCAUGUUUUGACCGAAUCGUCACGGCUCUGCUGAAGGAGUUCCCAGAUGGAAAGGCGAAAGUUGUUGUCCCCGGCUCGGGACUCGGCAGAUUGCCGUGUGAGCUAGCGAAAUAUGGGUUUCAUGCAGUUGGCAACGAGUUCUCAGUGCACAUGGUUUAUGCGUCCAACUUCAUUUUAAACCUAUCGCCGAGCGCAAACUAUACUUCAAUUCAUCCCUAUAUUCAUAAUUAUUCGCACAUCAGGACACGGGCCGACCAGCUAGCUCCAGUGAGCAUUCCAGACAUGUGGCCGGCAGAAAGCUUGGCUGGAGAGCUUGAAAUGGCAGUAGGCGAUUUUAUCGAGUCAUUUGCAGAGGCUGAUCCUGUGGACGCAGUAGCGACCGCGUUUUUCCUGGAUACUACAGACGAUAUUUAUACCACGAUCAACACAAUCUCUAACCUGGUGCGACCGGGCGGGAUAUGGACCAACUUCGGGCCGUUACUUUGGCAUUUCGACGGCGAUCCCGACCGGUGCGGGCUCGAACUUUGUAUGGAGGAUUUGAUUACUCUCAUCAAAAGCAGCGGAUGGUCUAUUACUACCCUGGAAACCGACGUCGAGACCACCUAUUGUCAAAGCCCUAAUGCGAUGGGGGGCUUUGUGUAUAAAUGCCUGUUCUUUGUGGCAAAACGGAUAUAG